GCGCCUGGGCGCGCAGGCUGCAGCUGCUGCCGGGGCCGGUGCUGCAUUGGCUGGCCUUGCCGUCCGCUGUGAAGCUGAGGACAAGGCCGAGCGACUCCAGAGCUGGGAAGAUCGUUGGUCCGUGAAUCGGAUCAGCUGGCAUCUGGAAGAUGCCAAUCCGCACCUUCGGAAGUACCUGACCAAGAUCAUCGACCCAGAUGCAUCUGUGGCAAAUGGAAUGGGCCCUCGAAUACUGGUACCUCUGUGCGGAAAGACGGUGGACAUGGUCUAUCUCGCACGCCUCGGCUACCGCGUGGUGGGCGUGGAUGGCGUGCGAAAAGCCAUCGAAGAUUUUGCCAAGGACUUCGGCUUGAAGGUGCCCACUGCCAAAGGGCCGACGAUGCACGUGAACUUCCCGCCGGAGCUGGAGCCAAGUCGCUUCCGGGGACAUGCGGUGCUCAUUCCAGCCGGACCAGAAGAUGGCUCCAGGCACGAGCCUCCUCCACCGGUGAUCUUCGUGGAAGGCGAUUUCCUGGGCCUUGGCCCCGAGCAGGCCAAGGCAUUGGUCCCUUUCGAGGCGGCCUUCGAUCGUGGUGGCUUCGUGGCCGUGGAACCCUGUGACAGACAGCUAUAUGCCGAUACGUUGGGUCAUUUGAUGGCUCCGGGCGGGCGCAUCCUGCUCGUGGCCGUGGAGCAUGACGGCUUUGCCGGCGGAAAGCGUGGUCCACCUUACCAGGUCACGGCCGAAGAAAUGCAGAAGUAUUUCGGUGGCCGCUUCGCUUUGCAGCGCCUGGGAGGCGCUGAGGCCUUGGACGAAGCGCUGAGGGCGCGGGGCGCCACUCGCUUCAUGGAGUCCGUGUACUUGCUCACGAAGAAAUAA